AUGACACGUUCACAAAAAAAAAAUCCUUUUGUAGCGACUCAUUUAUUAAGAAAAAUAAAUAAGCUUAACACAAAAGGAGAAAAAGAAGUCAUAAUAACUUGGUCCAGAACAUCAACUAUUAUACCUACAAUGGUUGGGCAUACCAUUGCUAUCCACAAUGGUAAAGAGCAUUUACCGAUUUAUAUAACAGAUCGUAUGGUAGGCCAUAAAUUGGGAGAAUUUUCAUCUACUCAAAACUUCAGGAGGCAUACAAAAAAUGACACUAAAUCUCGUCGUUGA